UUCCGAGUACAACUUUGGAAAUCAUGCUUACGAAGCCUGGAUAUAGAAAGGACACUGUGAAAUCUCUCGCUGCCCGUUUCUGGAUCGUUGUUUGUGUCUGCUCGUUGGCUGUCCGCGGUCAGGAGGGUAAUGGCUGUGGCCACACAGUGCUUGGCACAGACAGUGGCACCUUGGCCUCUCAGAACUACCCGGGCACUUACCCCAUGGACUCCUGGUGCAAGUGGAAGCUUCGCGUGCCACACGGUCAGGUGAUACGCCUGCUGUUUGGGGAUUUCGACAUCGAGAGCAGCCACAACUGUAGCAAUGGCUCACUUGUGAUCAUGGCCAACAAUGGGGUACCCAGCGUGGGUCCACUCUGUGGGACGCUUAAUGCUUCGCAGAAGAAUGUGACCGUUGGCAGUAAUGAAGUGAUGAUAAUCUUCAAGUCAGGUCCACACCGCUCAGGACGAGGGUUUCUGUUGUCCUACGCCACAGACCAGUACCAAGAUCUCAUUUCAUGUUUACAGCGUGGAUCACAUUUCAUUUCACAACAUUUUAGUGUAUACUGCCCCGCUGGCUGUAGGAAUGUUACCGGAGAUGUCUGGGGAAGCUCUGAACACGGUUACCGAGAUACAUCAGUGCUGUGCAGGUCUGCAGUCCAUGCCGGGGUGGUGUCUGAUAGCCUGGGAGGACGUGUCAGCCUGACUCGUGGGAGAAGCCUCACGCGUUACGAGUCCACCUUCGCCAAUGGAAUCCUGUCCAAGAUGGGAUCAUUAUCUGAAAAGAAGCUGCUGUUUAGCCAUGAAUGCAACAGGAACCUGACUAUCUCUGCUUUUAAUGCUUCGUCCUUCUGGGGAAAAACUGAUAGUCACGGCCAAAGAAUGUACUUGAAUCGCAGAAACAUGGAUUCUGGUGAUCAGCUCCCACUCUGGACGGCAGACAAUAAUGAUCAAAAUCCGUGGCUAGAGCUGGAGCUGACUGACAAAAACACCGUCGCAGGAAUAAUUACAACGGGAUCGCAUGAGUUCUACGUAGAGUCCUACAGUCUUCGCUUCAGCAAAGACAGAAAGAACUGGAAGGUUUACAAAGGUGCGCUCAGUAAAGAAAAAAAGGUGUUUGAAGCCCACUCAGAUGGCCACCUGAGUGUUCUUAACAGCCUGUUCCCUCCUGUGGUGGCUCGGUUCGUGCGGCUGCAGCCACUGAGCUGGCACGGCAGAGCUUCAGUUCAGGUCCAGCUCCGGGGCUGUCCUGUUGCCAGAAUAACACCCAGGUCCCGUUCACCAAGUGAGCAAUCUCCUCCCCUCAAAGUUAACAUCGGCACAGAAAGCUCCGACCCAGUUCCCACAGACGGGCUGGUCUUUGUGAAAGACACAAGCUCCAGUCAGCCGGUAAUCGUCGGGGUGGGUGUGGUCCUGGGAAUGAUAACGUGCGUCGGUUGUCUGUUGGCUGGAGUUUGGUGGAAAAGAAGGAAAAAGGAUGAGCAAAUGAAGAAUUACUCACUAGCCAAAGCAGGUUGUGAGAGUCUCCAGGGGAAGAGCACCCCCUGCUCACAGACAGAGCUUAUCUCCUACCCUCUGGAGCGGGGUGUCCAUGAUGCUCUACCCAACUCCCCUCUCAAUGACUAUGCUGAGCCUGGCAUGACGGCCACGUCAACGAAGAUGGGAUCAACAUUUCGGCCCACCCCAGAGGAGGGCUACACCACCCCUUUCACCUUCAGUCAUUAUGACACCCCUAGCAACUUGCCCGAGUAUGCUGAGCCCCUUCCCCCUGAGCCAGAGUAUGCCACGCCAUUCACUGAGCAGCCCCUUGAGUCCCACCUGCCAAGCCCUCCAGUGGCUGUGCAUGACAAUACACACGGCCUUCCCACGCCAGCUCCCAGUGCUGGCGCAAGGACACCAUCCAGCCAUGCUCAGUACGACUGUCCCUCAAACAGAGUGUUGCUCAACGGCUACUGCACCCCAUCACUUCAUGCCAACGGCCCACGGCCCGUCAGUGUGAUUUAUGCCAAGCCCCAGUCCUCUGCUGUUUUACUACAGCAGCACACAUACGAGGAGCCAUUCUGAGUGCA